UUCAUGGUCUGAGCCGCACUGGGACCCUAUCUCUCAUCUCCAGUUGGCCUGCAGCAGACUCGCCUUCCAGCUCACCAAUCGCUUGACACUCUAUCCACCAUCAACGAUUGGUUGGUGUUGUCAUGGAUAUUACCAAGAACCUCACUAACAAGACCAGUGGGAAGGUGACCAUGCAGCUGGACCUGAAGGCCAGCACCUCUGAAGAGGAGACACUAUCCGAUCACUAUGUCAUCCUCAGGACCCUUGGCAAAGGGAACUUUGCUGAGGUGAAGCUUGCCUGCCACCUUCAAACAGAGGAGCAAGUUGCCAUCAAGGUCCUGCAAAAUGGAACAAGGAAUGACUUCAGCAUUCAAACCGAACUUGACAUCUUGAAAACGUUGGACCACCCAUAUAUUAUUAAGCUGUUCCAUGUCAUCAACACCGAAGAUUACACCUAUAUGGUGUUGGAACAUGCUGCUGGUGGAGAUCUGGUGAGCCACAUUGAGAGGGUGGGCUCUCUGCAGGAGGAGGAGGCCCAGCACAUUUUUACACAGCUAGUGUGUGCAGUUCACUACUGCCAUAAGAAUAACAUUGCACACCAAGACAUCAAGCUGGAUAAUAUGCUGCUUGAUGACAAAGGCAACAUCAAGCUAUGCGACUUUGGCCUGGCCACCCGUGUCUCCCCUGGCCAAAGUACCAAGGGCUUCUGCGGAGCCAUUGGAUAUUGUGCUCCAGAGCUGUUCUCUGACAAAGAAUAUGACGCCAAGGCAGUGGACAUCUGGAGCAAGGGAGUGGUUUUGUAUGCAAUGGUGACGGCAGACUUUCCAUUCAAGGGCAGUACCUACUCAGACAUGGAGGAGGAGAUGCAGGAUCCCAAGUACCACCUCCCUUACAGACUUCAGAAAACAACAGCUCAUGCACUCAGAGUUCAGGAAGUUACAGGGAGGUACCUCACAUUGUGA